AUGGCCCCAGCCUGCAUUCAAUGCGAUACAGAACCUGCUGUAGUGCGCUGCUCGUGCGGCAAACGCUGCUGCGAGGCUUGCUUCCACCAGCAUGUGCAGAGACGGCCUAUCCAUUUUGAGGACCGGCCAAGCAAGUUCGAACUAUCCAUCAAAUCCACCUUCAGCGGCACCGGCUUCACGGUCUCCGAUCUCUUCAAGAAGGAUGAGCCUUCAAAGUGGUUCGGUCUUGUCGCUGACGGGAAGACUGGGGCAUCUGGUGGCCAGGAGACCAAGAACGCCGCCAGAAUCGUCGUGACCCCCCGCUUUGAGGAGCUGGUCGAUCUGCCCUUCGUGCAUUCCGCGUCAGGCAGAAAUGGACAGCGGCAGCGCCCGCGUCUCGUCUCCUUUUUCAGCGCAGGAAAUUCGCCUCUUGACGAAGUACAGCGAUGUGGACCUAGGCUCCUCUACAUGCUCAGCGGUGUCGUCUGCAUGGUCACUGCAAACCCGCGAACUAGCUCAGAGUUGGCGAAAUGGGUUCUCGAUUGGGGGAUAGCCGGCGCCCAGGCGGUGGUCAGCCAAGAGACUCUCCGCGCUCUCAUCAUCAUCUCGAACAAGACUGACGGCCGGGCUGAGGCCAAAACGGCCACAGAUUACUUCUUUGAAGCUGUUGAUGCGGAAAGUAACAAUGACAUGGAGUUUGCGAAGAAGAACGGAGCCAGUGCCUUCACCGCUCUCAAGCUCGCGAAGGAUGGCCAGUCCGCGGCCAACUGUCUGGAGACGUUUGAGCUGAUCGUGAAAGGCGGGUUCAGUCGCUCAGUAAUCUACAGCUUCUAUAGCUGGUGGGCCUCCUGGUUCGAUAACAGGCUCUCCUACUUCUCGACAAGUUCCAUAAGAGAAGCCCUUCCUCUAGCUUACCGAUCCCAGACGCUGCUUGGCAUCAAGAGCGCCAACGGGAUGCUCUGCAGCUCGUUAACGCGCGUGGCCGUAACCACCACCGUCGACAAUGGCUGUCGGCUGCUCACCACAUAUUGCGUGGGAGACGGCCAGCGCUACCUUGGCUCAUCGUUGCAGACAUAUGAAGCCGCCCAAGCUGCCUCAGCCCUGCCCUUCUAUUUUGAACCUUUUGUCAAUCCCGUUGAUAAGACCAGCUGUCGGGAUGGCGGCCUGUGCGCGACUCACUGCACCUCAUCGGUUCCCUUGGCCGAAAGCCGAGCAAUAUGGGGCACUUCCCCUAAACUUGACCUGCUGCUCUCCUUGGGCCCCGGCAGCUGGCCGCGCGCUGCCAAAGGCCCAGAUUGGCUGCCGGAAACUCCCAAGGACCUCGUUAAGUCGCUCAGGAAUGCGAUUAAGAAUGUUGAUGGCGAGGAAGCAUGGGAUCGCUUCCUCUCCAAGGGGGAAGGGCGGGCGUCCAGGGCAGAUUCCGGCGGCUAA